UCGUGUCACGCGGUGAGUGAGCGCAGAGAAUUUUAGUGUGCCUUCGAAGUUCUUGUGCACGCGUCGCGCGAAGUGUUUGGGGCGCGAUUAGUUGGGCUGAGUGGUUGCUUGUUGUAAGUGGGCGGCGGAAAGCGCCUUUGUGGUGAUCUUGUGGAUCUUGUUUACAAAAGCUGACGAAUAUUCGAUAAGACGCCGACAAAUAUCAGAGACAAGUACACACAUACUUACAUAUGCAAACACUUAAGAAUUACAGCAGCAAAAACAUCAAAUCAGAUAACAAUUUGUAAGUUUCAUAAACCGCUUUAAAGCGCUACAACAACAACAAGCACAACAAAUUGCAGACCACCGCGUUUGUUUUUCUCGAAGCUGCGCAAUGAAUUGGCGGCUUUUAUUUAUUUUGGUCGCCACAACACUGUGGAUUGGCGAUGUAUCAUCACUGUCACUGGAUCCAGUGGCGUCCGCCGAAUUGGAACAACACAUCAAAAAGGGAGAUUGUGUGAUUUCUAUGCGACACAUACGUCCCCGUCGCAAAUUGCAUAUCUCCAUCGAAGCACUUUUCAUGAUCGACUUCCCAACGUUGAAGCAUAAAUUCUCCUUUUUCCUGGAUCGACGCGAACAGCGUGUUACACUGGACAUUAGCGCCAGCGGUGUAACGGAAUCCUUACAAUUCGUCAUACCGAACAUCAACGAGACGAGCACGAUACGCUCGAUGGCGUUGCACUUUCACAAAAACCGCAUUGCGCUGCUGGUCGAUUGCAAAGAGAGCGACGCACACGAGCUCGAUAUGAACCUAUCGAAAUUGUACAUACAGAUGGAUGAUCCGGUUAUUAAAUUGUUCCGCGAACGCAAAUAUCCCUUGCAUUUUGAUGGCAAUUUGGAGCAUGCGCUGCAGCGCGCCAACUGUCAGAAAGGUCUCAAUCGGCACGGCAAUAGGCGCAUGCUGAAGACGAAAGUCACCACAGAGCGUGAGAAAAAUAAAAAACGCGACGUGCGCAACUUCUACAACUCGGACAGCAGUUAUGAGCGCUUCACGCAACGUCAAUUGCCGUUAGAUUUCGAACAACGCGGCGAUAUACCGAUGAUGCAUGGCGAUUGUGAAGACGCCCUCGCAAAAUCCAUCAGCGACUUAAUGGCUUUGGUAAAACUGCUGCGUGAAGAUAUCGCCCACCAACGCGAAGAGAUCGCCUACUUGCGCAAACUGCUAGAGAACUGCGCUGGCUGCAAGGAGCCCACGACCAGCAAUAGUCUACGCAUCGAGCCGACUUGUCGCACUGCGAAUCCAUGUUAUCCUGGUGUUGACUGCUUUGAGACAAUGGCGGGCCUGAGGUGCGGCCGCUGUCCGGCCGGCAUGGUUGGUGACGGCAAGAUCUGUAAGCCAGGCGUUACGUGCGCGGAGCGGCCCUGUUAUGUAGGCGUACAGUGUCACGAUACAUUGAAUGGUGCGCAGUGUGAUGCCUGUCCCAUUGGCUAUGAAGGUGAUGGACGUACUUGCAGCAAGCAUAAUCCCUGUGUGGAUGGACCAUGUCCCUCGGGCGUCGAGUGCGUUGAAAUGGACUUCCCGCCAUACUUCCGUUGUAUACCCUGCUCACCUGGUACACACAUGAAUGGCACGAAAUGUCAUGACAUCAACGAAUGCGACAUUUAUCAUCCUUGCGACCCGAAAACGGAAUGUAUAAACCUCAAUCCUGGUUUUCGCUGUGAGCCUUGCCCACACGGCUUCGAUGGAAUUCACAGUAGAGGUUUUUAUCUGGAAUAUGUUGCCCCUGAUUUUCGUAAGCAAACUUGCAAUGAUAUUGAUGAGUGCGCAAAAGGUUUGGACCGCUGUCAUGCGCACUCGGUCUGCGUAAAUACGAUUGGCUCAUAUCAAUGCAAGUGUGUUGAUGGCUAUUUCGCCAAUGGUACGAACGUUUGCUUGCCCACAUCGGAUAUGUGCCCUGAUGGCACUAUUUGCGAUCACAAUGCCUAUUGCCAGCUAACGGAUAACUUUAAGUAUACCUGCAAAUGCAAUGUCGGCUGGGCUGGCAAUGGUUUCGUCUGCGGUCGCGAUCGUGAUCUUGACGGUUGGGCGGACUUUGAUCUAGAUUGUGGUGAUGUACGUUGUAGACGUGACAAUUGUCCAGAUUUACCGAACUCGGGACAGGAAGAUGCAGAUAAUGAUGGCAUUGGUGAUGGUUGUGACGAUGAUGCCGAUGGUGAUGGCGAGAAGAAUGAUAAGGAUAAUUGCCCAUAUGAUUACAAUGAUAAUCAGUCGGACUCGGAUCACGAUGGUGUGGGCGAUGCGUGUGACAAUUGUCCAUUCGUGCCGAAUCGUAAGCAAUUGGACUCGGAUCAUGAUGGUAUGGGCAAUGAUUGUGAUGAGGAUAUGGAUAACGAUAACAUAGCGAAUACGUACGAUAACUGUAUGACAAUACCGAAUCCGAAUCAGUCCGAUGUGGACAACGACGGUAUAGGCGAUGCUUGUGACAACUGCCCGACCAUACCGAAUCCGUCGCAGGAGGACAGAGACAGCGAUCUGGUAGGUGAUGCGUGCGACUCGGAUAUUGAUGGUGACGAUGAUGGUGUGCAAGACAGUGAAGACAAUUGUAACUCUAUUAGUAACUCUGAUCAGUUGGACACCGAUGGUGAUGGCAAAGGUGACGCAUGUGAUGAUGACAUGGAUGGCGAUGGCAUACCGAAUCACCGCGACAACUGUCCCUUAGUACGAAAUCCCGAUCAGACGGACUUAAACCACAACGGUAAGGGCGACAUUUGCGAAUACGAUGAGGACGAGGAUGGCACACCCAACUUUAUUGAUAACUGCCCGAAUAAUUCCAUGAUCUAUUCAACGGACUUCCGCGCAAUCCGCUCGGUUAUACUCGAUCCGGAAGGUGAUGCACAACGCGAUCCCAAUUGGGAAGUACACGCCAAUGGCUCCGAAAUCGUACAAACACUGAACAGUGAUCCCGGCUUGGUGGUGGGACACGACGCCUUUGGUGGUGUCGACUUUGAGGGCACAUUCUUUGUUAACGACGACACAGAUGACGAUUAUGUGGGCUUUAUAUUCAGUUAUCAGAGCAAUCGCAAGUUCUAUGUGGUUAUGUGGAAGAAGGCCGCACAGACAUAUUGGGAAUCGACACCAUUCCGUGCGUCUUCGGAGCCGGGCAUACAGAUUAAGUUGGUCGAUAGCAUAACAGGACCUGGUUCAAUGUUGCGUAACAGUCUCUGGCACUCAGGCGAUACGCCAGAUCAAGUUAAGUUGCUGUGGAAGGACCCAGCGAAUGUUGGUUGGAAAGAGAAAACUUCAUAUCGCUGGUCGCUGUUGCAUAGACCGGCGAUCGGCCUGAUACGCUUGAGGAUGUAUGAAGGCGAACAUUUGAUCUUGGACUCGCAUAAUAUCUACGACUCUACAUUGAAAGGUGGACGCCUCGGCGUUUUCUGUUUCUCGCAGGAGAUGAUCAUUUGGUCGGACCUAAUUUACAAAUGCAACACGCGCGUUCCUGCCCUCAUUUACAACGAGUUGCCGCACCAACUCAAGCAGAAGGUGGAUGUGGAUAGAUAGGUAGUACCGAGCAGUAUUCCUAUACUGGGUGCUACCCCGUUUGGGUGAGCUUGGUUCCGCUGGAGUUGCUUGCCGUAGUACUUAAUUAACUUUUUUGUUGAAAGUAUUAUUGGUGUCAUGGCACCGAGCUUACUUUAAUACAUAUUAUUUGCAGAAAACAGCGAUACUAUCAUAACCGAGAAUGUUUUUAAAAUGUUAUAAUAUGUACUAUGUUCUUAUAA